AUGGGACAGACCAGCCACUUCGACACCGUGAUAGUCGGCGCUGGCUUCAGCGGCAUCUAUCAACUCCAUAAGCUGCACAGCCAAGGCUUGUCCGUAAAAAUGAUUGAUGCUGCCGGCGAUGUCGGCGGCACAUGGUAUUGGAACAGGUACCCAGGGGCCAUGUCCGAUACAGAAUCAUACCUCUAUCGAUACAGCUGGGACAAAGAUGACCUACUUAAGUACCACUGGAAAGAGCACUACGUCAAACAGCCCGAGGUGCUGGCGUACCUGAAAAAUGUUGUCGACCGCUACGAUCUGCGCAAGCACAUGCAGUUCCACACCGAGCUUCAGCACGCGCGAUACAAUGAGCAGAAGAAUCACUGGGUCGUGGAGUGCUCCACGGGCCAGACUUUCACGGCUCGGUAUCUCAUCACCGCACUGGGCUUGUUGUCGAAGACGAACUUCCCGAAUAUCAAGGGGAUAGAGACAUUUCAGGGUGAGAUGUAUCAUACUGGCAAAUGGCCCCAAUCGCACGACUUCACUGACAGGCGCGUCGGGAUCAUCGGCAACGGCUCCACGGGCGUACAAGUCAUAACGGCGAUCGCCAAGGAAGUGAAAUCAUUGACCUGCUUCCAGCGCACACCGCAAUACAGUGUGCCCAGCGGCGACGGACCCGUGACCACGCAGUACCGCGACUCAAUAAACUCGCGCUGGGACGAGAUCUGGGAGCAAGUGCGCAACAGCAUGGUGGCAUUUGGGUUCGAAGAGUCCGCGACCCCGACCAUGAGCGUCUCGGCGGACGAGCGCGAGCGGAUCUUCGAGGAAGCGUGGCGGCGGGGCAACGGGUUCCGAUUCAUGUUCUGGACGUUCAGCGACUUGACGACGGACGAGGCCGCCAACGAGGAAGCGUGUAAAUUCAUCCGGAAGAAGAUCGGCGAGACCGUGCGGGAUCCCGAGAAGGCGCGGAAGUUACAGCCAGACGACUUGUACGCGCGUCGCCCGCUCUGUGAUGCUGGGUAUUACGAGCAGUUCAACCGGGACAACAUCGAUGUCGUCAGUUUGAAGGAGACGCCGAUCCAGGAGAUCACGGCGACGGGCAUCACGCUCGUGGACGGGACGACGUUUGAUCUGGAUGUGCUCAUAUUCGCAACGGGCUUCGACGCCGUCGAUGGCAACUACACACGCUUGGCGAUCCACGGCCGCGAUGGCGUGAGUCUGAGAGAUCAUUGGGCUGCCAACGGUGGUCCCACGACGUAUCUGGGCUCCUUCGUGCCAGGAUUUCCUAAUUUCUUCAUGCUCACGGGCCCCAAUAGCCCGUUCACCAACCUCCCGCCCACGAUCGAGACACAGGUUGAAUUCAUCACCGACUUGAUUGCAUCGGCUGAGACACUCGCCGAAUCCGAACAGGAGUGGACGCAGCUGUGUAAAGACCUCUGCGAAAACAGCCUUUUCAAGCGCUCGGCUUCCUGGAUCUUCGGAGCAAACAUCCCCGGCAAGACUCAGACCGUCAUGUUUUACUUCGGAGGGCUGGCGAACUACCGCAAGGUUUUAUCCAAUGUCGCCGGUAGUGGAUAUUCUGGGUUCCAGCCUUUUUGA